UUUAGAUCCCUAAUCAAAACAAAAACAAACGACAGCAAUAAUUUUAAGUCUUUGAAGUGAUCACGAUUAUAAUAGUGCAUUAAAAACAUUUACACCACAAUGGCCGCUGCCGCAAGUCUGCCAAAUAAACCAAAAUGUCCCCCUCCCGCCGGUUUAAAAGCCCUUAUCGACAAGUUGCAAUCGGUCUACCCGGAUCAACCAAACCCACUGCAAGUGACCACUGUGUUGAAAUACUGGCUAGGAGGGCAAGAUCCUCUAGAUUAUAUUAGUAUGUUUAGCAACAGCGGAGAUCCUUCCAAGAAAAUACCUCCACAUUGGUUUUAUGUCAGCUUUGGACUAAGUGAUCUGCAUGGAGAUGGACGUGUUCAUUUCUUAGACUCCGAGGACAAUGAAUCGAAUUCACGCUCUGGUAUGGGAUUCGAGCUGACGUUCCGUUUGUUAAAAACCAGCGAAGAAUUAAAAGAAGAAACAGAGAAUCCAAAUAAAAGAAUACGGCCACCAACAUGGCCGGCAAACUUAAUGCAGAAUUUGGCUCGAUAUUGUUUUCGUACAGGCAACAGAUUGUGUUUUGGUGACAACAUUCCAUGGCGGAAGGGUUUGGAUGACAGAUUUGAUACGCCUUUGCAAAAUAUUUUAAUAGCAGAAGACCCACAGUUGCAAUCGAUGACCACUCCAUUUGGUACUGUAGAUUUUUGUCAAAUAGUUGGUGUAACUUAUGAGGAACUAGAACAGGCAGCUCGUUGGAAUGGCCGUGGAGUUCUUAACUAUCUUAAGCAAGACAUACAGACUGGCGGUGAAUGGUGGGUUACUAAUAUAGAUCGGACAUUAAGUGUAUUUGAUAUAUUUCCCGAGCGCUUAGUAUCACUUGAAGAGGAUCUGGAAAGAGAAGGAUCAGAUUUGGCGGGAGUGAAUGCUGAAUUUACUUUCCGGGAAAUAUCUAAACCUAAGGUACGACAACCUAUUUCGGAGGAAGAUGGUCUGACAGCAGAAGAUGGACAAGAGCUGAACUCACUGAUGGAUUCAAUGAGCCUUAGAUCAAAAUACGAACCAGAAAAUCAAAAAUGUAAACAAGAAGACGAUUUAAAAACCGACACAUUCCCAGUUUCUAUGUCGAUGAGCGGAAGUUCAUUACACAAUUCAUGUCCCGUAGACAAUCAACCUGACACUCCCGACUCGGUUACCCUUGAUGGCAUUGAGCUUCAGAUAGCGCCAUAUGCAGCUAAAUUUCUGUUACUAGCCAUAAAGGAUCGCAUACGCCACGGUCGACAUUUUACGUUUAAAGCCCAACAUUUAGCACUUACCUUUGUGGCAGAAUCCGUAGCAGGAGCCGGUGUGACUAAAGAAGCACCAUACGGAGUUCUUGGUUAUUGGAUACAAGUUUUAAUUACAGAUGAUCUAGUGCCACGUAUGAUUGAAGAUUUUAAAAAUGCAAAUUUGGAUAGAAUAAGCCAAUUAGGAGAGCGGCGAGAAUUCGAGUGGCCAGAUAAAUAUUUAAAAGUAAUUAUAGACCACCCACAUGGAUAUAUGCUGCCUCCGCCACCAAUGAGUUUCUGAAAGCAUGCCAUCAUCUCGAAUGUAAAUCUCUAUUAACGAAUACAAGAGAAGUGCCUUAAAAGAACACAUCGACUUACGACUUCAUUUCACAUAAUACUCAUUCUUUUUUUAGAUAAUUCAAUUGUUUAAGUAUUAUUUUAAUAAACACAAAUUACGAAAUCUUUUUCAUAUCAAAUUUAAA